CUCGAGCUUGAGUCGAGAAUUGUCUCGUCUCAUAAUGACCCUAAUGAGAAUUUCCUUCAAUUCUCACUCCAUCAUUUUGUUUGUCAAACUGUCAAUCAACCCAUCUAACUUUUCAAUUCCCAACGAAAAUCUACUUCCCACAUUUUAUGUUGUCAACCAAUGCCCGAAAGUAUGCUUCAAUGAGCUCAUUGGAGCUUGCUGCUUCUUGCUUGUUAGGUGUGUAUUCUUUCUCCCUUUCGAAUUCCAACUUUCCAAAGACCAUAUUAUUUCAUGUAGCAGAAAAAUUCUAUCAAACAAAGUGCUAAUCUGCUAUAGAAUUUGACAUUAUAACUGUAAUCACCCAUGAUUCUCUUUAGACCUCAUUACAACAGACUUGCAGAAGUCAAAUUUAGGCAAGCUUCAAUUUUUUUGAGACACCCACAAAUUCUGUUUGAAACCCAGAAUUUAUAUCACUUCCAUGGACUUGCUUAUGAUCCCCAAAUUCCAUCUAGUGAUGCGAAAUCUAAAGUGGGAUACAAUGCACACCAACUGUUCGAUGAAAGGCCUGAGCGAAAUGUUGAUAUCUACCAUCAAUUGCUCUUUGAAUAUUCUCGUAGUAACAAGAACGCGGAAGCUUUGAAUUUAUUCUUGGACAUGCAUAGGUUAGGUUUGGUCGACAACGGAUCGAGCCUCUCUUGUGCACUGAAGGUAUCCGGUGUUUCGAACAAUAAAACUGUUGGAAAACAAUUGCAUUGCCAUUGUAUUAAAUCAGGCUUUGCAGUGGAUGUUAGUGUGGGUACUUCUCUUGUUGAUAUGAAUAUGAAAUGUGAUAAUGUGAAGGAUGCAAAGCGCGCUUUUGAUGAAAUGGAGGUAAAGAAUGUGGUUACAUGGACUUCGUUGCUGUCCGGAUAUGUGCAACAGGGAUUAGUAGAAGAAGCAUUACAGGUAUUCACACGUAUGGGAACGGAAGGGAUUAAGCCUAAUCCUUUUACUUAUGCAGCUGUAUUCGGGGCGUUGUCAGAUUACGACAUGAUUGCCAAAGGAAGCCAAGUUCAUGCAGAAGUAAUAAAAAAUGGUUCUAAAUUUUAUAAUCCAGUGUCCAAUUCCUUAAUUAACAUGUAUGCGAAGUCUGGAAUGGUACAAGAAGCUAGAGAUAUUUUUUCUGGCAUGGAAAGCAAGGAUGUUGUUUCUUGGAAUGGUAUGAUUGCAGGUCUUGUGGCAAAUGGGCUUGAUAGGGAAGCUCUUGAACUGUUCCAGAAUAUGAGAUUUGAAGGCAUACUGCUUACACGGCUUAUCUAUGCUACCAUCAUUAAAGCGUGUGCUAGCAUAAAGGAAUUCUCUCUUGUGAGACAGCUCCAGUGUCAAGUAUUAAAGAGUGGAUUUGACUUUGAUCUAACUAUAAGGACUUCUCUUAUGGUAGCUUACAGUAAGUGUGGUGACAUGGAUGGUUCUUUCAAGAUGUUUGAGACAAUGCGAAAAAGUCAAAAUGUGAUCUCCUGGACAGCCAUGAUUAGUGGGUACUCGCAGAAUGGUGGAAAGGAAAAGGCAGCUUAUAUCUUUCUAGAUAUGAACAGGAUGGGAAUAAGACUAAAUGAUUUCACUUAUUCUGCUAUCCUUACGGCUCAUCCUUGUGUAUCUCCCUAUCAGUUACAUACGCAUAUAGUCAAAACAAAUUAUUUGGGCUCUCCAAAUGUUGGGACUGCUCUCCUGGAUGCUUAUAUCAAGGCUGGAAAUGUAAUUGAAGGCGCCAAGGUGUUUGAAAACAUUAGUCAGAAGGAUAUUGUGGCAUGGUCUGUGAUGUUAGCUGGGUAUGCUCAAGAAGGGAACGCAGAGGGGGCUAUUAAUGUCUACCGCCAGUUAUCAAAAGAAGGGAUUUGUCCAAAUGAGUACACUUUUAGUAGUGUCAUCAAUUCAUGUGCAGCCCCUGAAGCAGCAGUAGAACAGGGCAAACAGGUUCAUGCUUCCUCUAUUAAAUUUGCAUACAACAACUUUUUGUGUGUUAAUAGUGCUCUUGUUACAAUGUACUCAAAGAAGGGUAACAUUGAUAGUGCAAAUAAGUUAUUUAAAAGGCAAGAAGAAAGAGACUUAGUUUCAUGGAACUCUAUGAUUUCUGGAUAUGCACAACAUGGUUAUGCACACAAAGCCCUUGAGGUAUUUGAGGAAAUGCGAAGAAAAAAUGUAGAAAUGGAUGGGAUUACAUUUGUUGGUGUGAUUUCUGCCUGUACUCAUGCUGGACUAUUGGAAGAAGGUCAAAAGUACUUUGACCAAAUGGUCAAUGAGCAUCAUGUUUAUCCAACCAUGGAACACUAUGCCUGUAUGGUGGAUCUUUAUAGUCGAGCUGGGAUGCUUGAAAAAGCCAUGCACUUCAUAGAUAAGAUGCCAUUUCCGGCUGGGGCAACAGUGUGGCGAAGUCUUUUGGGUGCUUGCCAUGUUCGGAGAAAUGCAGACGUGGGAAAGGUUGCUGCAGAAAACCUCAUAUCAAUUGAACCAAAAGAUUCUUCUGCCUAUGUUCUAUUGUCAAACAUAUAUGCAGCUACUGGAAACUGGAAAGAGAGAGCUGAAGUCAGGAAAUUAAUGGAUCUCAGAAAAGUGAAAAAGGAAGCAGGUUACAGCUGGAUUGAAGUCAAGAACAAGACUUACUCUUUCUUAGCUGGUGAUCGUUCUCAUCCAUUGUCAGACCAUAUAUACGCAAAGCUUGAAGAGUUGUCUACUAGAUUGAAGGAUGCAGGAUAUAGUCCAGAUACAACAUAUGUGCUUCAUGAUGUGGAAGAUGAGCACAAGGAAACUAUCUUGUCUAAACACAGUGAAAGACUGGCCAUAGCUUUUGGACUUCUUGCAACUCCACCUGGCACUCCUAUCCAAAUUGUGAAGAAUCUGCGAGUCUGUGGGGAUUGCCAUGCUGUUAUUAAAUUAAUAUCCAAAAUUGAGGGACGGGAAAUAACUGUUCGGGAUUCAAAUCGUUUUCAUCACUUCAAAGGAGGAUUGUGUUCAUGUGGUGACUUUUGGUGACUUUCAAGUUAGGCCAAAGCAUGUAGGAUGGAGGCUUUGUGCGUUUUCCAGUUGAAGAACGAACUUCCAACAACUCAAGACUUGACUUGUAUGAACUUUCAUAUCCAUUACCUUCUCUUACAAAUGUGAACUUUUUGCAGAAUACUCAUUUAUUUGAGGGUAAUUAUGGCUACCACUAGACCUCCCUGAACAUAUUUAUCAAAUGUCAUAUUUUCUGGAAGGUGAUAGUUGUUUCGUGUUGUUGGGGCUAAACCUUCAGCCUAUGCAAAAACAACUCAAUCUGUAUGAUGUCUUCUAAAUAGAUGUUCGCAAAAAUGCUUUGGCUGGCUUGUUAUGCUUCUCUAUUUUCAUGCUGGAAGGCAGUCAGAUUUUACUUUGCCUUGUAAUCCUGGAUGAUUGAGGUACUUGCAGGCUGCAGCUCAACCUAUCAAUCAAGGUGGAGCAAGGAGAACUUUACAUCAGAGUGUAUAAGAGUUUCUCUAGAAGUUCCAGCAAGGCAAUUACUUGCAGAAUGCCUGCUAAACUGUAAAAAUCAAUGUUUUGACUAAUUGGGAAUUCUAUUACUCACCGAUUCCUGAAACAGAAAGUUUCCAUGCAAGAAUGACCUAGAGAUGGUUAAAUGCCGCUUUCAGAGCAUGACAGCAUAGCUAGCAAACCUGUUUCAGAGUGCGUAUGGGAUUAGGAGAGUUUUUAGCAUCCUCAGGAGCUUGUCCAACAAAGGGCACUCAUAGAUAUGGAUAGGAGCAACUGAACAUCAAAGCUCUAUAUCAUCCCAUGGAGGUAUGAGAGUUCAAUAUUUGCGUACAUUACAUUUUUACAAGUGAUAAAACAAUGAACUCUCUUUCAAGUAAGGCCCCGUUUGGUUUAAUGUAAAACAUUUUCAAUGGAAAAUUAGUUUUCAUGGAAAACAUAUUUUCAAGGAAAAACACAAUUGCAAAUUAGUUUUCCUUUAUUUGGUUGCAUAUAAGAAAAGUCCAAGAAAAAUAAAAAAUAAGAGUCGAAAUGUAAGGAUGAAUGAGAGGGAAGUAAAAAAAGGAGGUAAGGAAGAGAAAGGAAAAUGUGGCUUUCCUUGUUUUGGGAAUGAAAAUGUUUUCCAUCAUUAAGGAUAGAAUUUUCCACCCUUGGAAAAAUUGUUUUCCACCCCUUAACAAACCAAACAAAGGAAAAUGGGAAAAAAAUGAAAAAUUCAUUUGAAUUCAUUUUCCAUGAAAACCUUUUACAUCAAACCAAACAGGGCCUAAAUGGCUGAUACUUCAUGUCUUAUCUAGUACUCCCUCUGUCCAAAUCAGAAGUCAGAAUUAUAUCUCCUACCAUGCCGCUACAUAAAAUUUAAUACGGGUAUUAUAUUUAGCUAUGUAUAGCAUAUCGUGCCAUAUGGAUCAUGGGAUGUAUUCCAGGGGUGUAAUUUAUUCAUAGCAACAGCUCAAUGGAGGAUUCAAGAAUUGUAUUAGAGACCAGAAAUAACUUUAAGUCAUAUGUGCCAUUGAUUGAAUGAUUGGCCCGGUUGUCGCUCAAGUAAUUGUAAGCAAUUUGAAUUUGUUGUAUUUUUUAACUGCACACAAGUAUCUACUCUGUAAUGUUUAAGAAUAACAUACGUCAAAUA